AUGUCAUCUGAAAAAAAGAGUGCACUUUUUGUAUGUUUAGGUAAGGAUUUUCCCUUUUUCCCAAAAACAAAAAUAAUUUUCCCGUUUUUUUCAGGAAAUAUUUGUCGCUCACCAAUCGCUGAAGCGGUUUUCAUUGAUUGCUUGGAAAAACGGGGAAAACGCGAUGAGUUAGUCUAACUCUGAUUCCAUUUUAAAGUUUAUUGGUUGAAAAUUUUUCAGAUGGAUUGUGGAUAGCAGUGCUGUAAUUGGAUAUCAUACUGGAAAAGGGCCGGAUCAUCGAGCGAUGGAAACUUUGAAGAAGUUUGGGAUUUCUACUUAUCAACAUAAGGCUAGAGUGGUGAGUUUUUGGGGAAUUUUGGGAAUUUUGCAGAGGAAAAUAGAAAAUCUAGCCUAUUUUUUGAUCAACUAUUUUUUGGGUCAAAGAAAUUCGAAAAACAAAAUCAUUUUCUUGAAUUAAUAACAGGGAUGAUUCACGAACGAAAAAAAAUGUUUAAAAAUGUUUUUUAACAAUUCACGAAAAGUCGAAAAAACAUUGUAGGUCAAAAUUAGUUUUUCAAGGUUUUCAGCCAAAAAUGAUGACAAAUCAAUAUUUUUCAAGCUUCUGGUGUGAUUUCUGAUGAAAAUUGACCUCGGAAUCCACUUUUCGGAAGUUUUUGCUGAUUUUUCGUAAAAUAAACAUUUUUAAAUUUUGACGAAUUUCGAAAAAAUUUAUAAAAUACAGCAAAACAAGGUUCUCGAAGCUUAUUUUCAUCAGAAGUUUCUCCAGAAUCUGGAAAUCUGGAUCUGGAAUUCUGAAGUAAUUUCUGAUGAAAAUAAGCUUCGAGAACCCUAUUUUGCUUUAUUUUAUGAAUUUUUUUUCGAAAUUCAUCAAAAAAAUUUUUUAUUUUACGAAAAAUCAGCAAAAACUUCUGGAAAGUGAAUUCCAAGGUCAAUUUUCAUCAGAAAUUACUCCAGAAGCUUGAAAAAUAUCGAUUUGUCAUCAUUUUUGGCUGAAAAACUGGAAAAACUAAUUUUUGACCUACAAUGUUUUUUCGACAUUUUUUGACUUUUCGUGAAUUGAUCUUUCAAUGUUAAAAAAAACAUUUUUUCGUUAGAAAAUCAGAAAUUUUCAAAAAUUGGGCUAAUUUGAAUUUAUUUUUCUUUUCAAUGUUAAAAAAACAUUUUUUUAAACAUUUUUUCCUUCGUGAAUCAGCCCUAAUUAAAAAUACUCGAAAGAUGUUAAAAAUAAGAAUUACAAUUGAAUUCAUCAAAAAUUUCAAGUUUUUUGAUCAAAAAAUGACUCGUGGCUAAAUUAGGAAGGCUUCCUAAUUUUGCCAUGGAUUAAGUCAUUGUCAAAAAAAAAUUUAAUAACAUGAAAAUCUGAAAUUUCGAAAUAAACCCCAAUUUCUCAACCACAGAUCUUUGAUAUCUCCCUGUCUCCCAGAAAAAAAACAUUUGUACACGCACUUUUCUCUUUCCAGACAUCCACCGGCGAUUUCAAAACUUUCGACUAUAUUUUCGGAAUGGAUGAUGAUAAUAUCAGCGAUUUGCAAGAAAUUCAACGACUCGCUGGAAAUGAAUCAAAAGCCAAACUUGGACUUUUAGGCGAAUUCGAUCCACAAGGCGAACGUGAAGUUCCAGAUCCAUAUUAUAAUAGUGGAAGUGCGAUGUUUGUUCAGGUCUAUCAUCAAUGUGUUAGAUGUUGUGAUAAGUUUCUUGAUUCAGUUUAUUUGUCAUAAAUUUUUUUUUUUUUUUUUUUUUUAAUUUUUGGUUUUGUUUUUGAUUCAAAGUGAAGUGGAUCUCCCUUUACAAAUGUUUUUUUUUUUUCAAAAAAAAUUUUUUAAUUAAAAAAAAUAUUCAGAAUGAGCGCUACGAGUUAUGUGAUGUAUUUGGUGCUUCGACGAGAUUUGGGAUGGCCAAUGGGAGCGGUUUGUACACAAGCUGCGCAUGCAGCAAGUGCUGCGAUUUGGUUGUUUAGGUGAGAGAGUUAUGACGUGGCAGGUUGGGAUUUGUGGAAUUUUGAGGACAAGAUUUGGAUCAGACGGAAAUUUUCUGUAUUUUCCGGGUUUCUCAGAGAAAAUUCGAUUUUUUUCAAAAUUUCCCAUUUUUGGAACUCAAAUAGUAACUAAAUAAUCUGUAAAUGAGCAAAUUUCAGGUUAAAAUAAGUUUUAAAACCAAUUUACAAUUAAUGCUGUUAUUUAUUAUCGAAAAUCUCAUCGGUACCACUCGGGAAAAAAGUAGCAAGUCUGGCGACAAAAAAUAGACUUUUAGCCAGCUUGCGACCAUUUUUAGCAAGCUUGCUACAAUUUUUAUAAUGGGAAAAAAUGUAGCAAGCUUGCUAAAAAUGGUCGCAAGCUGGCUAAAAGUCUAUGUUUUGUCGCCAGACUUGCUACUUUUUUCCCGAGCACGCGCUCCACCGAAAUAAACACGCAACGCAGACCGCGUCGCGCCACAACACACACAAAUAAGGAAACGAUUCAAAUUCCCUCCCUUAUUUGUGUGUGUUGUGGCGCGACGCGGUUUGCGUUGCGUAUUUAUUUCGGUGGAGCGCGUGGAGUACCGAUGAGAUUUUCGAAAAUAAAAUUUGAAGACUUUGAAAACAUUUUCCAGAUUUUCGGUCAAUUAUUUUUCGCAUGAGUAUUUUCGCAUGGAUAUUUUUUUCGCAUGAGUAUAUUUUUCGCAAGAGUCAUUUUUCGUAUGGUUUUUUUUCGCAUGAGUAUUCAAUUUUUUGAAGUUUUGAUUUUUUUAAUUCAAAAUUGCACCCUUCUGGGCUUUCAACUAAGCCUAAGCCUAAUAUAAGACUAAUAAAGCCCAAAAAUUGAGGUUUUAGCUAUUAUUUCAUUCAAGGCUUAGGCUUAGUAAACGCCCAGAAAAACUAAAAACUCAUGCGAAAAAAAGUGGCUCUUGCGAAAAAUUACUCUUGCGAAAAAAAUACUCAUGCGAAAAAUAAACUCAUGCGAAAAAUAAUUGACCAGAUUUUCUGGUUAAAAAAAAUUUCCGGCUCAGGCCUGAUUUCGAUAUUUAAAAUAUGACACGUGCACGAAUAUUCCUUGAAUUUCCAGAAACGACCCAAACACCGAAAAAUACACAAGUGAAUUGGAUUCAAUGCACAAAGUAACACUUGGUUGCGAUUCUGAAGAGGAGAUCAAAAAAAUCGCCGAAAAACUCGAGAGCAAAAAAAUUGAUCAUAAAGUUUGGAUUGAGGAUGGUAUGCCGGUUUGUAUUGCGUUGAAACCGUAUCCAAAAGAUGAGGUGAAAAAUGCGGUUCGUGGUUUGAAACUUUUCUAAUAUUAAAUUUGGAAUAUUAUGUUCUUUGGUGUGGUUUUUUUUUGAUAAAUUGGUUUUUGAUUUUUCAAAGAUCACUUUGAUAUAUUAGAAUAGAGAGAAGUACAAAAAUGACUACGAUGAGUCAAGACCAAAAAUCAUUUCUUUUUUCCUGCACAUCGAAAUAAUCAACGAAAAUUGCAGUGUGCUUCCCAUCGACUGCUUGGCGCAAUGGUAGCGCGUUCGACUCCAGAUCGAAAGGUUGGGCGUUCGAUCCGCUCAGUGGUCAAAAUUUUUUUUUUUUAGAAUUUUGCUUUUUUUUUCUUCAGAAAAGUCUAGCGUGCCUCAAAGAACAUUCAUUUUGACGUGAAUUCUUUCAUGCGAAAUAUGGACUCUAAUCUUCCCAAAGUUCUUUGCACGUUCAUGAGUAAUAUUUUGUUUUUAAGCCCUAAACCUAAUUCCAGCAUGACUUAGCCAUUGUUCAAUGUACUCAAUGACGAUAAUUCUCCAGUUCUCUGGAUAUAUUUCUUCCUAAGUCCUGAAAGGGCAUGAGGAAAUACAAAAAAGUAUAAAAGACAGAGGAUUUUUUUCAGACAAAUCAUUCUGAAACGGAGAACUUACUGAAAUUUAUGAUUACCACAUUAACAACUAUAAUGGCUUCAGUUUAUAUGUUAUCAGUUGGCUCAAUUGGACUUUUAGGCAAUUUCAUUUCAAUGGGCAUAAUUUUCAAAAAAUCCAAUGUUGCAUAA